GCUGCGAGAUGCCAAUUUGCUUGUAGGAAUUUUUCUGUAAACGGUUUAGCAUAGAAGAAUUAGGAUAGAAGAAUUCUUUGUAGGUUUUUGCUUAUGUCACAUUUUUUCCCUUUAUCUGUUGAUUUUUAAAUUUUGUCUUGUUUCUUUAUUAGAAAAGCAAACAAGUAUUUGCUGAAUGAAUGAAAGCAUAACUUUAGGUACAUGCAAGGAAGGGGGGAGAGAAAAGCAACAUAAAUUCUUCACCCAAUUCCACAGUAUGGUUUAGGGCAUUUACAAAGUAUUACCUGUAAAAGACUUUUAUAUUACUGUUUUCCAUUAUUUUUCAAUCAUCAUCUGGAUCUUUGGAAACUGGCAUUUAUAAAUUCUGAACUCCGGAGGGCACCUCCAGAUGGCUCUCAACCCGUUCACUGCCUCAAGGCAGGCCAGCGGCUUAACUCAGCCAGGCCUGGCCUUCCCUCCCCGGGUCUUCGGGGUUUUCGAAGCCGGUGUCUGAGACCCGGGAAAAGGACCAGAGCUCUGGGUAUCAUUUCAAAACAAGUGAAAACACCGCGUGUGGACCCUGAACUGAAGAAAGGAGGCGACGGGCAGACUCGCGUUGAGAUUUUUGAGGGUUGCUUUUGCAUGGCGGGUGAUUCGCCGAUCGUUUCAGGCAGUUCUUUGAUACAUUUUAUCACAUGGUUAAUGACCUUGUGACCAAGGUGACUGGCUCAGUCCCGUUUCCAAAAGAAGCGAAACGUGUGUAAGUAAACCUUGCUCCUACUGAACACUUUGUGUGAGUUCCGUUUGUAGCCUCGUUUAUUUUUUUUUUUUAACUUGUAUCCGCUCGCAUUAAUUGUCGAGGUUCAUGCCAUCCUGUCCGUACGUAGUACUGGUAAUGAGAGGUCUUUGUGUUAAGGCUCUUCUGUUGAUUUUUUUUUAUUACAUCUCUAUAGCCAGAUCAAGUCAAAUUCAUGUUCACAAGUAUGUCCGAGAAAAUUAAGAACUGGUGCAUGAAAAGAUAGGAAAACAAUCCCAAAUGCUAGCAGUACCAAAGCAAGCUUGUGACACAGGCAAGUGCACUUACUCCUACAUUUCUUGGUCUUCUCAGGGAGUGACAUUUAAAAGGGUGUGAGAGUGUGCUUAUCAAAAUGGAACCUGAGUAACUUUUUUCCCAUGUCCCUUUCUCUCCCUGUAGCUUGCCGACGACCGUAUGGCUCUGGUGUCGGGCAUUAGCUUAGAUCCAGAAGCAGCAGUCGGCGUGACAAAGCGGUCGCCCCCUAAAUGGGUGGACGGAGUGGACGAAAUACAGUACGACGUUGGCCGCAUCAAACAGAAAAUGAAGGAAUUAGCCAGCCUUCACGACCAGCAUUUAAACAGGCCCACCCUGGAUGACAGCAGUGAGCAGGAACACGCCAUUGAAAUCACCGCCCAAGAGAUCACUCAGCUCUUCCACAGGUGCCAGCGCGCCGUGCAGGCUCUGCCCGGCCGGGCCCGCAGGGCCCGCUCCGACCAGGAGGAGCGGCUCCUUCGCAACGUCGUGGCCUCCCUGGCCCAGGCCCUGCAGGAGCUGUCGGCCAGCUUCCGGCACGCGCAGUCGGGCUACCUCAGACGCAUGAAGAACCGAGAGGAAAGAUCCCAGCAUUUUUUUGAUACAGCAGUGCCACUAAUGGAUGAUGGAGACGAUAAUACUCUCUAUGACCGGGGUUUCACAGAUGACCAGUUACUGCUGGUGGAACAGAACACGCUGAUGGUGGAGGAGAGGGAGCGGGAGAUACGCCAGAUCGUGCAAUCCAUUUCGGACCUGAAUGAAAUCUUUAGGGACUUAGGAGCGAUGAUCGUGGAGCAGGGUACAGUCCUUGAUAGAAUUGACUAUAAUGUCGAGCAGUCCUGCAUCAAAACCAAAGACGGCCUGAAGCAGCUUCACAAGGCAGAGCAGUAUCAGAAGAAGAAUCGGAAGAUGCUUGUGAUUUUAAUAUUAUUUGUCAUCAUCAUUGUCCUCAUUGUUGUCCUGAUCAGCGUGAAGUCUCGCUAGGCGGCCGUGCGGCCACGUGGGCCACCCGUGUGCGCUCCCGGGCGCGAGGGGCUCGGCCGCCCUGCGGGCACAGCGGAGGCGCGGGCUGCGGACCCCGUGGGGGCGGCGAGCGCCUGCCUGGACCCCUCGUCACGGUCGUGCUCCAGCAGGGGGAUGAGCUGCUGUUUCUCCUUCAUUGUCAAGAAUUUAAGGACCUUUGAUGCUGCUGCAGAAUAGAGAUUGAGUUCUGUCAUCAGUUAUAAUAUAUAUUUUUUUUAGAAAGAGAAAAUGAGUUGAAUGUUUACAGGCACUCCGCAAGCUGUUCGAUGUUGUAUGUGCAUAUGCUAUUUUUUUAGCAGUCAUGUCUGAGCAGCAUGUAAAAAUAAUUUUUGGAAACGUUUUUUAAAAACCAUCUGGUUUUUAAGAAAUUUGGUACCAAAAAUUUAUGAGUAGAGGCAAAAAUGCCUCUUCAUCUUUCUCUGUAUAUUUUCCAGUUGAAAACAAACUGAGAAGUCCUUUAAGAAUUUAUAAUCCGUUCCCCAUUAACUUAAUUUAGCUUUUCCAUCACUGUUAAUGAUCAGAGUAACAAAGUGUGAAAAAUAAGAAACCAUCAUUGAUGUUAAUUAACACAUUUAGAUGGGCCAGUUAAAACAGCUUCAUAAGUUUAAAUUAAUCGUAAAUGGACUAUUCCUCAUUUAGAGUCUGUGCACUGCAUUUUCUACUGUAAACCAAAAGGGGUUACCAAACAAAACCACCUAAAUUUAAAAGUUGGUGAUUUGAAGCAACCUCACCUGAAAACAUGAAAAAGGGAAGCUUGGCCGUGUCAUGAAAGUCGCCAGAAUCAGCCAGUGUGCCCCUGUCCUCGUCCCCAGCCAUCCUUGCUCAAUCCAUUACUUAUGCACUAACUACAUAAUGACCUGUUCAAACUAGCCACCAUUUAAUGAACUGUGAAUUUACACAGAGGCCAUUCUAAAUGGGUCACCCCAUUUAGGAUUAGCGGAUCUCAAAUUAUUAACCAAACAUCACUCCAUUUCAAAGUAAAAUAUUCCACCAGGGGUAUGAUUUAUCGGCUCUUGCGUUGCUACUUAACAUGCCCAGAAAGUAAGCACGUUCCGACAGAUGGUGAAAAUCUUGAUUAGAAGUCCCUCAUUCGUGCGAGCAUGAAUCAGAUCGCCCGAGUGGGACUUUGCCGUUUUCUUACCUAUUAUCACUAUGGUGCUCGAAUAUAUUCCCGGAACUGUAGAACAAUGUGGAAAGCGAUGAUAGCUUUGAAAGCUCAACUUGUUCAUGUUUUUACUUGGUCUUGAGACGCCAGUAUAGUUCUAAUGGUCUUUGUAUAAUUUUCGAUGGCUUUUCCAUUGUUUUGUACCUCUCCUGAGAAGUUUGUGAAGAGCGUGACCUCAUUAAAUGUGCUAUGUUUUAUUUGGAUCAGUCACAUAAAAUGUGUCUUUAGAAGUGACUUUGAAGUCGUUUCCAGAAACUUAAACGCAAGUCCAGAGGUUCAGGUUGUCCACACAGAUCAUGGUCUUAGCACCCACACCCAUGCCCCAGCCUUCCCCUUCCCAAGUUCCCGGCCACCACUGGUUUUCUCACGACCGAUGUGGCUGUAGAACGAUCCGAAGGUGCCCCUGGCGUUUCAGGAAAUCGCCUGGUAUUCCCUGACCAACCAUUAUGUUAUUAGGCAAAAAGGUCAGGAAGUAAGAACCCACCUCCUUGAUCACCCCUGACUUGUGGGGCUUCUGCAGAUCUUGAGAAGAGCCGUAGGCAUUUUCUAGUCACAGCGGGUUUUAAUCCGGUGGCCGAGGCGAGAUGUUCCUCUAGACCGACUGCUCCCAGGAGCGGGGGGCCGUUCAAGGUCACGGGGCUUCCCUCCCCAGCGGUGGACAGUGGCGACAGGAGGCUCGGUGGUCUUAACGUGCAAGGCAAGGGACCCUUUAAGAAAGGAUCGCCAGGAAAAAAAAAAAAAGAAAAAAAAGAAAGGAUCACCAUUUAUUUAUAUUUAUUUUCAGUUAACAGGGUGAUCGGGGUUGGUUUUUGCCCCCCUCACCCACCAGGGUAAAGUAACGGAUCUGACAGAAGUGAUCUUGAGGAUCUCGAGUGAACUGAGAAAGCAGUGCAGUGCCACAGAAAGCCCCCCCCGCUGUCUGCUGCCAUCACCUUGUCCCCAGGCCACCUUGUCCCCAGGCGGGGAAGCGGCCCCAGGGCGCGUGCUCCUCAAAACACUGUAUUUUUCUUUUGAGCCUUUACUUAGGGAAAGAUCAGCAGCCUUGGGGGAAGUAAGAGUAGAUUGGUCCUGGGGCCCUGGUACCUCAGGGUAACGGGUGAUUCUCUGCCUCUGAAGGAGACGGGCUCCUUUUGCUCCAGACGGCCAUUGUCCCAGGGAGGGCCGGGCCAUUCAGCUCUGUCGGGCUCUGGUGGUAAUGAUCGCCAGCCCAGUCUCUCCCCGCGCCUGGGACACGACCGACCGGAGAAAGGGGGGGAGGGGGGGAGGGGAGGCUCCCUCUGGGCAGCCCUGGGCUCGGCCCCUGGACACCUGCCCCCUUGAACGUGUCCGGGGGUGGCUCCGUUGACGGGGCCGGAGAGGAGAUAAGGAAACGUUUACCGUCAGGUCUCCAAAGCUCCUGAUCUUUCCUGCGAUUGUAACAAGUCUACUGUCUCUUGUUGUAUUAAUUUGGGGGUGGGGGGUGCUGGCUUCGCCAUGGGCGUGAAGCGGUGUGUGUCUCUAAUUUAACAGAUUUACCGCUUUCUCUGCUAAUUGAGAGAGCAUUAUUUAUUUGUUUUGACAUAAGUGCUUUCAGUGUUUUAUCCUAGCUAAUGGCUUCUUAAAGGUAAUAAAACCCUUCCAACCUAAUUGGUCAGAUAAGACUUUUUUCCUUGUGUGCUUAAAUAAAGCAAUUAGUGAAGCGCUUCUAUCCAAAAUGACUUUUUUUUUUUUUUUGUCCUUUUUUAAAACUAAUUCACUGUUACUGGAAACUUUUUGUACAAUAAAGCAAUCAUGCGGAUUAAAGAGCA